AUGUCAAGUCAAGAAAAGGAACCCAAGCCUAAAAGAGGAUUCAUCGGUUGGGUCAAAAAAGCGACCAAUAUCAUACUUGCUCAGUAUCUUGUCAUUGGAUUUGCAAUUGCCUGCGUAUUAGGGUAUUUCUUUCCGUCGGUUGCACGACAUGGAGGCGUCAUCCGCUCAGAGUACAGCGUUCUUUAUGGCGCCGUCGCAUUCAUCUUUCUUGUCAGCGGUCUGCAACUUUCGCCUGAGAAGCUUCGCAAGAAUGUGACGAAUUGGAGACUUCAUAUUUUGGUUCAUGGAAUUAGUUUUGCAGUUAUACCAGCUAUUGUACUUUCCAUUGUUCACAUCUCCAUCGCUGCUGGAGCCCUCAAGUCUCAAACCCCUUCGCCGCCAAUUCUCAUCGGUCUUCUCACGACAGCCUGUCUCCCAACUACGAUUGCCUCCAAUGUUGUCAUGACGCGGUCUUCAGGCGGAGACGAGGCCGCAGCUAUCAUCUCGGUUGUGAUCGGCAAUGUCGCCGGGUCGUUUCUUUCCCCGUUGCUCAUCUACGGCUUCUUUCCAACUGGCCACCCCGAAGUUUUUGAUGAUUGGCGCCCUGCUGAUCCGUCUACCCUGGGACACAUGUAUGCAGAUGUCGCUAAGCAACUGUGCCUCAGUGUUGUCUUGCCUCUCAUUGUCGGCCAGGCUAUCAGAUGGAAAUGGGAAGAGCGCACAGUCAAGGUUCUCACCACUCUCAAACUGGCCAAGGUAUCAACGAUAUGCCUUGUUCUACUUGUCUGGACCACAUUCUCUGGGGCUUUUGGUACCGGCGCGCUGAAUGAUCUAUCGACCAGCAAUGUCCUCUUCCUCGUCUUCAUGAAUAUUGCAUUGUAUGCCCUCUUUACCGUUAUCUGCUUCCUUCUCGCAAGGCCUCCGGAAAGACUUACCAGAAUGGCCUCUUCGUCUUGGUUGAGGGUCCUGUUUAAGCGCAUGACCAAAGAGCAGACUAUUGCGGUAUGUUUCUGCGGUGCGGCCAAAACCACAAGUUUGGGUAUCCCGCUGGCCAGCUCCAUGUGGGCUCGUGCCGAUGAUCUCACACGAGCGUAUAUCCAGAUACCAGUCUUACUGUAUACCAUUGAACAGGUUUUUAUGGCACAGGGGCUAGUAUACGUCUUCCGAUGGUAUAUGCGUCGCGAUGCAAAGAGGGAUGUCGACGAAGAAACAGAGCAGGAUAUCUCGGGAGAACAGCAGUCCAUGGCAACGCAGACGGAAACCGCUGGGAUUUCCAGAGAAAUUGUCAAUACAGAUACAGAAGGAAAAAUUCAGCACACGUCAUGA